CACCGCUUUCCUCUUAUAUAUGAGGCCACCUGUCUCCAUUUUCGCUGCACACUACUAACUCAGAUAAUAUCAUAAUAACUACACUCUCAGCUAAAGUUCCUAAGACAAACUUUACUGUUUCCAGUACACAUGGCGUCAUCCCUCGCUCUCAGGAGACUUCUCGCUUCCACCGUGGCUCCUGCUUCCCGCAGCUUUCUUCGUCCACAAGCUGCCUCUCGCCUCCUAAACACUAACGCGGUCAGGAGCUACGACGGAGGCGAAAAUGAACGCGGUGUUGAUGUACACCGACGCUCUGAUCGCUCUGUUUCUCGCCGUGGUGAUGAUUUCUUCACAGACGUGUUCGACCCUUUUUCGCCGACGAGGAGUAUUAGCCAGGUGCUGAACCUUAUGGAUCAGUUCAUGGAGAAUCCUCUGUUAUCAGCCAGCCGUGGCAUGGGAGCAUCUGGAACUCGGCGUGGUUGGGACAUCAAAGAGAAAGACGAUGCUCUCUACCUGAGGAUCGACAUGCCUGGGCUGAGCAGAGAGGAUGUAAAGCUGGCUUUGGAGAACGACACUCUGGUUAUAAGAGGAGAAGGGAAAGAUGUGGAGGAUGGUGGCGAGGAAGGUGGAGAGACUGGUAAUAGUAGGAGGUUCACAAGUCGGAUUGGGUUGCCGGAGAAGGUAUACAAGACCGAUGAGAUUAAGGCGGAGAUGAAGAACGGUGUUUUGAGAGUUGUGGUUCCGAAGAUGAAAGAAGAGGAGAGAAACGAUGUUCGCCAGAUCGAGGUCAAAUGAGACGUCGUCACUUUUCGUUAUGUUGCUGUUUCGGUUAUGUCUUGAAUAAGAAGUUUGUUGUACUUGUCGAUGCGAGUCAUGUACUCUAAAGCUAAGGGAAGCUCUUGUGUUUAUUGAA